UCAAGGACUUGCGGCACGAUACAAUCAUAGACGUGGGGGCUAUGCAUUAGAGUGGGGACUGCCAAAGCCCAUUCAAAUGGGCCUUGUACUUUAGCUUCUCGAACGCCAAACUCUUUCUCCGCCUCUUCCUCCUCCUCCUCCUCCUCAUCAUCAUACCCAUUCAUCGCUCUCCUUCUCUCCUCUCCGAACUCCUCCUCUUUUGGUCGCCACCUACGUUAUGUAACGUACUAAGCGGUUCACAGGACCAUCAGCAGGAUCGGAUCCUCGGAAGAUGGACACGUCGCUGGUGCUGUGGGCGGCGUCGGUUACACUCUUGGCGACGGUGAUCAUCGCCCGGACAUGGGGGAUGAAGAGAAGCGGCCAAAGAGGUCAUCGACUCCCUGCAGGAUCCCGGGGUUGGCCUCUCGUCGGCGAGACCCUCCAGUUCGUGUCCUGCGCCUACUCGCCUCGGCCGGAGAGGUUCAUGGACAAGCGGACGCUCAUGUACGGGAAGGUGUUCAGGUCGCAUCUGUUCGGCAGCCCGACGAUCGUGUCGACCGACGCAGAGGUCAGUCGGUGUAUCCUGCAAAGCGAUGCGAGGACCUUCGUGCCGUGGUAUCCGAAAUCCCUCACGGAAUUGAUGGGGAAAUCCUCCAUUCUGCUCAUCAAUGGCAACCUCCAGAGACGAGUUCACGGCCUCAUCGGCGCCUUCUUCAAGUCCUCCGACCUCAAGGCUCAGAUCACCAGAGACAUGCAGAGCUACGUGCAGGAGUCCAUGAUCAAUUGGCAGGAUGAUCAGCUCAUCCGCAUCCAAGACGAGACCAAGAAGAUAAUCUUCCAAAUACUAGUCAAAGGGUUGAUUGGAUUGGAGCCGGGAAAGGAGAUGCAGUUGUUGAAGCAACAAUUCAAAGAAUUUAUUGCCGGGUUGAUGUCUUUGCCGGUGAAGCUGCCCGGGAGUAGACUCUACAGAUCACUACAGGCAAAGAAGAAGAUGGUGAUGCUAAUAAAGAGCAUCAUCGAGGAGAAGAGGAUGAACAAGUCGGGAUGCGCGCCGCGGGAUGUGGUGGAUGUGCUGAUCAACGACGCCAGCGGCCAAUUGACGGACAAUCUGAUAUCGGACAACAUGAUCGAUCUGAUGAUACCGGCCGAGGAUUCCGUGCCUGUUCUUGUUACACUAGCAGUCAAGUACCUCAGCGAAUGUCCUCUUGCUCUCCAACAUCUGGAGGAGGAGAAUACGCGGCUGGAGAAGAGGAGAUCGAUGCUGGGUGGUGAACUGCAAUGGGCCGACUACAUGUCGUUGAGCUUCACGCAACACGUGAUAACGGAGACGCUACGUAUGGGGAACAUAAUUAGCGGGAUCAUGAGGAAGGCGGUGAAGGAUGUGGAGAUCAGGGGGCACUUGAUACCCAAAGGCUGGUGCGUGUUCACGUACUUCCGAUCGGUACACCUGGACGAGAAGCACUACGAGGAGGCGUACAAGUUCAAUCCAUGGAGGUGGAAGGACAAGGACAUGAGUUCUUGUGGCUUUACUCCUUUUGGAGGUGGGCAAAGGCUGUGCCCUGGGCUGGAUCUGGCCAGGCUGGAGGCUUCCAUCUUUCUUCACCACUUGGUCACCAACUUCACGUGGGUGGCAGAGGAGGACCACAUCGUGAACUUUCCUACUGUAAGAAUGAAGGGGGGAAUGCCCAUCCGGGUAAGGAGGAGGAGCUGAUGCUAUGCAACAAAAUGGUAACCGGGGAGGGCCUCAGUCUUCUUCACAGGUAUGAACUCCGGAGGAGGAGGAGGAGGAGCAGAGGAGGAGAGAAAUAAUGACGGAGGGAGGGAGGUGGGACGAGCAAAGGGCUGUUGGCUUUAUGGCCUCAUGGGGUAAAAAGGGGGUGGGGAGGGGUGGGAGUAGGGUAGGAUGGACCACCACCAGUGGCCUGUCAAUUUAGGGUGGGACGCCACACAGACUGAAAGCUCCCAUAGGCUGUAGAUAAAUACAUACUUUUUGAGCAUAGAAUAAAUGAUUGUGUACAGAGGAUGAUGAACGGAGGCCAUGUCACACGGUCGUAGGAUCACAGCCCCAACAAAAGAAAUGAAAGAGGUGAAAGGAGUCUGCGGCGGAGAAGAGAUGCGAGGGGUUUGACCGGGGUAAAGCUGCUUUUGGGAAGACGGAGGGGAAGGGGGAGAGUAUGCAGGGCCUAGAGAAGGGCUACCAAAGCUAGUAUAGUCUCAUUGCGAAUUCCAACCCUCGGCUGUGCUGCUCCUGCUGCUGCUGACAAAAGUGGAGGUGGAGAGGACACUGAAGUGGGGUUGCUUUCAUGCGGUGGGGAUCGUGGCAAGCCCAUGCACUCUCAUCCAUCUUGCUCUUGCGUAACUUUCACAAGCAGAGGUCCAAAAGGCUCCGAGCAGCAUCUCCUCAGACCACCACCGCUGCCUUCCUACCAUCUCUUCAUGGCGUUGGUGAUCCACCAGGUUUGUAGCCGAUCCUGUUGCAAAUGUGACAAGGGUGGGUGCCAUGGUGCAAAAACACUGUUGAGGGGGUGAGUGCGAGGUGUAAUAGAGCACAAGGAGGCUCAUUUAUGACAGCCAACCAUCCAAGGCAUGGAUGAGAAUUGCCUUGCAACUUCACCGAGGGUCUCUCCGCCGCCUUGGGGGUCUCAGUGGCUUGUGAGAUGUAAGACUGAGAUCAACGAUUGCCAUAUGCACCACACAAAUGAAACGUUCGGGUUGUGUUAGUAAACCUCCACUGGUUUCCAUUUCCAUUACCAUUUCAUAUUAUGAUUCCUCAACAUGUUUUUCAUUACCAUUCU